AUGGUGAAUUUCUACCGUAGAUUCAUCCCAGAAGCUGCUAAACAUCAGGCACCCCUCAAUGAGUUGCUUACGGGAUCAGUCAAAGGCUCACAUCUGGUUAAUUUCACCAAAAAAGAGUAUGAAGCCUUCAAUGCCUGUAAGGAAAGCCUCUGCCAAGCCACCAUGCUAGCGCACCCAGAGUGUGACGCAAAAUUAGCGCUGGUCAGCGAUGCAUCAGAUAAAGCGAUUGGCGCAACCUUGCAGCAGCUAAAAGGUAAGGACUGGCAACCUUUGGCAUUCUUUUCUCAGAAGCUCAGCUCAGCACAGCAGAAAUACUCAGCCUAUGACCGAGAAUUGCUCGCUAUUUACAAAAGCAUCAAAUACUUUCGGCAUAUGAUUGAGGCUAGGGAUUUCGUGAUCUACACGGAUCACAAGCCCCUAACUCAUGCAUUCCUAACGAGGAAAGAAAACUGCUCACCGAGACAGUUUCGACACUUAGAUUUUAUCUCGCAAUUCAGUACCGAUAUACGGCACAUUGCAGGAAAAAAUAAUGUGGUCGCCGAUACCUUGUCACGAGUCGAGGAAAUCGCACAACCCAUAAGUCUCGAAAAGAUAGCCCAAUGCCAGCAAGCUGAUUGCGAAUUAAAACUAUUGCUGGAAUCCAAGAAUUCCCUCCAACUGCGAAAAGUACGAGUACCCGGCUCAGACGUGGAGAUAUACUGUGACGACGAUGGCAACACCUUGAGACCAUUCGUCUCGAAGAGUUUGCGUCAACUGGUUUUUGAAAACUUGCACUCACUAAGCCACCCAGGCGGUAGUGCCACAGCAAAACUCGUUGCCGAAAGGUACGUUUGGCCUGGAGUGCGCAAAGAUUGCCGAGAGUGGGCACGUGCCUGCCUGCAAUGCCAGCGAGCCAAAGUCACACGCCACGUAUCUGCACCCAUCGGUAACUAUUCCUUGCCAAAGUCAAGAUUCGCGUUUUUGCAUAUUGACUUAAUCGGGCCCCUACCUAUAUCCCAAGGCUACCGCUAUGGCCUUACAGCCAUUGACCGCUUCACGCGAUGGCCCGAGGCAAUACCCCUGCCUGAUAUAACAGCUGAGACCGUGGCUACAGCUUUGCUGAGUGGUUGGAUAUCACGCUUUGGUUGCCCGACGGAUAUAGUUUCAGACCGUGGUAGACAAUUUGAAUCUGUUCUCUUUAAGCGCCUAUCUGAUAUCGCAGGAUUUAGGCAUAGACGAACAACAGCGUAUCACCCUGCAUGCAAUGGAUUAUUGGAGCGAUUUCACCGACAGUUGAAGGCUGCUAUCAUCUGUCAUGCGAGUGAAAACUGGGUUGACUGCCUUCCACUCGUUCUAUUAGGGAUCCGAAGUUCUUUUAAGGAAGACAUCAAGGCGUCAUCUACGGAGUUGGUGUAUGGGCAACCUUUACGCCUUCCAGGCGAAUUAUUUGCCCCACAGAUCGACGUAACAGACUACUUAUCGCGUCUUCGCAAUUUUGUCAAAGAAUUGCAACCGUCCCCUACCUCACAUCACGGUAGUAAAAAACGACCCAUAUUCGUUUUUAAAGACCUGGCUACGGCGACCAACGUCUUUGUUAGGGACGACACCAUAGGUGGUUCCUUAAAACCAGCUUACACGGGCCCAUAUGAAGUAGUAGAAAGAGGAGACAAAAUAUUUAAGUUACUAAUGAAUGGUAAUAAAAUCUCGGUUUCAAUAGACCGAAUUAAGCCCGCCUACGUACUGCAACCUACAGACAAACCUGAACAAACACAGUCAAGCACACAAUCACACAUACAAAAUCACACACAAAGUAAACAUAUUUUGAACAACCGACACACUCCUCCACACCCAGAAAGAAAUAUUGUCAGUACUCGAUCAGGCCGUAGGGUUCAAUUUCCUGACUAUUAUCGUCCAUAA